AAUUGAUUUGACAAAACAGGAGAUUGUCAAACAUUUGGGGGAAGCUGACACACAAUAUUUCUGCAUACCUUGCACUCACUAGAUACACACUUAUUUUUGUGGAGCUGUCACGAAUGAACAACGUACUUUGCUCACAACUCCCAUUAUUUUACUCACACUUACAAAUUGGAAGCCAAUGCCUAUAGUUAUACUACUACUUGAUGUAUAUGCAUGUCACCAACUCACCAUACAAGGUUUAUGUAGAUGUUCUUUGAGCUUCAUGAUUAUUUAUUUUACCAGAACCUUCAAAGUCAGUGUCAGUGGUCCAGUGGACUGGAGAGUUAUGGCUCUAAGUUUUUUAUGGAAGAUUAUUUGUCAAUUGGGGUCCUUGAACACCGAAUAAAUGACGAAUGCUGUGGACCUGCAUCAUAUCAUGCUGGCACUAGUCUCUUUUACUAUUUUCCAUGCUAGUUUUUGCACAAAGAAAUCUUCUCAGUUCGCUUUGUAAUUUUAGAGUGUGAAUACUGUGAGAGGUAAUUGUUAGAGAUACGAGAUAUAAUCAAUAUGGAAACACUGAUUCUCGUCUCACGCCCGUCAACCUUGACAGAUCACACAGAAGAGGACUUGGUAGUCUGCAGGAACAACUCAUCUAUGCAGCAACAAUUUUUUUUUUAUUAAUCUAGCUGCAGGGACCAGCUUGACCUCCGUAAGAAAUAGUAUAAGUUCUCUUGGUAUUUGAUAAAUCAUGAAUGUAUGAUGUAUCUUUACCAAAGCUUGAAAUAAGAUUCUUUAGAUUGAAAUUAUGUCCAAGUUGGUAACAACUUAUUCUAAAAAUAGAGCUUAUUUACUAUACCUUGAGAAGACUAUUAGCUGUUGUAAUGAGUGACGUUGAAUUAAAUAAAAUAUCAUUAGUUCCUGUCAUGGCAGGCUGUAAGAGAUGCCUAAAUAGACUUCUCUGUGUGUGAAAAGCUAGACAAAUUUGACUUACAUGGAAGGUGACUUAUUAAAACAAAAUUAAUAAUAUGAAAACUUAAAAGCUUAGGAUCACCUUUUUGAUACAGUACAUUGACUGAUAAGUACAAUUCUAAUUUUGGAAGGUCAUGAAUUUACUGAUUUUUCAUUUUAGUCAACAAAUUGUGUAAGGCAGGGAACUGCAUACUGUAUACAUAUCCAGCAUUAUAAACUUGAUUUUGCUCAAAGGAAACAGCUUACAGAGAAAAAAAAUAGAGGGAAAAGAAUGGCAGAAGCUAUUGUAUCUGAUAUUGUUGUGAAACUUUUGGUAUAUAUGGGGGAAUCAAUGGUUGAAAAGAUAGCUCCCUACUUCAAUGGGAGAAAUAAACUAGGAAAGCUUGAGCAGACAAUGAGGAUGAUCCAGGCUCGCCUUCUUGAUGCAGAGAGGCUAAGAGAAGCCGAGAAUGGAGCUUUAGUCAAGUUGUGGCUCAAAAGGCUCAAACAUGUACUCUACCGACUGGAGGAUUUAAUGGAAGAGAUCAUUGUGGUUGAUGAAGGGAAUGAGCAAAUGUCUGGAGGUAAGCUCACUAAACCUUUUCAUGCUUGUUUUUCAAUCUCAAGUUCCUUUAAAACAACUAGAAAAUUGGCUAUAGAGGCUAAGGCUAUUGUGGAGGCGUUGAAAGCCAUCACAUAUGAAAUGCACAGCCUUAACCUUAGGGUACAUCCUGUCCAUGAACAGCACUCAGAUAAUCUGACAUAUAGGAGAGUGAGAGUAACACACUCUUUUGUAUUGAAGGAAGAAGUGAUUGGUAGAGAGGCUGAUAAAAGGGAAAUUGUUCAAAUGGUUUCAGACUCUGAUAAUAUUGAGGGAAACCAUGUCUCAGUCAUUCCGAUUGUUGGGAUUGGUGGACUGGGAAAAACAACUCUAGCCCAACUAGUCUUUAAUGAUGAAAAUGUUCAAAAACAUUUUGAAUUUAAAUGCUGGGCAUGCAUCUCUGAGAUUUCUAGUUCGGAAGAGUUAGUAAGAAAAAUUCUCAGAUCUGUAUCUAAUGAUGAUUUUCACCAUGUAAACAUGGAACAACUUCAAAUCCAACUGCAACGAAUGAUCCAUAACAAGAGAUACUUGCUCGUGUUAGAUGACAUAUGGGAUGAGGAUCGUGAGAGAUGGCUUCAUUUGAAGCGUUUGUUGUACAGUGGUAAACCAGGAAGCAAGAUAAUUGUUACCUCAAGGUCCAGAGUAGUGGCUAUAAAUAUGGGUACAGUAGAACCUUAUGAAUUGAAGGGCCUAUCAGAGGAUCAGUCUUGGGAGUUGUUCAAAAGCCUAGCAUUCAAAGAAGGAGAAGAGGAGAGAAACCAAAAGCUGGCCAGCAUAGGCCGGGAGAUUGUUGACAAAUGUGCCAACGUUCCACUUGCCAUUAGGACUAUAGCUGGCCUUCUUUAUUCUAAAGAUACCGAGACAGAAUGGGAGUCUUUUAGAGAUGGUGAGCUGAGAAUGAUAGAACAAAAUGAAGGCAGUAUAAUGUCAACUUUAAAGCUUAGCUAUGACCACCUACCAUCGCAGUUAAAGCAAUGCUUUGCAUAUUGCUCUGUCUUUCCCAGGAAUUAUGUAUUUAGGAAACAAUAUCUGAUUGAUCUUUGGAUGGCCCAAGGGUUCAUUAUGUCAUCACAUGACAGCCAAAGCCCUGAGGAUGUUGGUGAUGUAUAUUUUAUGGAAUUAUUAUUCAAAAGAUCUUUCUUCAAAGAUGAUGUUCGAGGUGAGGAUGGUGAUAUUAUCAGCUGUAAAAUGCAUGAUUUAAUGCAUGACUUGGCACAAUAUAUGGCGGGAGAAGACUCUGAUGUAGUAUCUGGGUCAAAAUUACAGGCAAAUGACAACAUUCGGCAUGCAAGUAUUUUUGUGGGCUCCUCUUGGGAAGUUCCCUCUUCAGUGCUUGCAGCCAAGCAAAUGCGAUCUCUUCUUCUCCUAUCGCAUACUACAUUAGUGAACAUGAGUGCAACCUUUUCAAGUUUGAGGUGCCUUCGUGCACUAGACUUGCUUAAAGCUGAUUGUGAAAGCCUUCCUAGCUCUGUAGGAAAGCUGGUGCACCUAAGGUACUUCAGACUUGGUUGGUCCAUUGUAUUUCUCUCUGAGUGCAUGACGAUGCUACACAACUUGCAGACUCUGGAUCUUCGGGUAUGUAACCAGCUUAAAGAAUUUCCGAGGGGCUUUCACAAAUUGAUCAAUCUAAGGCAGUUGUAUAAUGAUAAAAUUGGAUUGAAGGAUUUGCCACUGAGAUUUGGGCAGUUAACAUCUCUUCGCACAUUAGAUAAAUUUGUGGUGGGGAAAAGUAAUGGUUUAGAUGCUCUGGCUAACUUGAACAAUCUUGCUGGAAAAGUGGAGAUUUAUAUAAAAGAAUAUCGUAAAGAAGCUGUAUCUGAAGCAAUGAUGGCAAAUUUAGAAGGUAAGAAGCUUGCUGAGUAGUAUUAAGAUGGUCAUCCUCGUAUGAAGAUCCAUGUACUGAUGCAGCACAUGAUGAAGAAAUUUUGGUGUUAGAAUACCUGCAGCCCCCUCCAACUCUCAAAAGGCUACAUGUUUUAGCCUGGAAGGGAGUGAGGUUUCCAAGGUGGGGCAUUGAUGCGUCACCUUGCUAUCUCAUGAACCUUAUUUCUUUGAGUAUUCGAUUUUGCCAUAGAUGCCAAUGUCUCCCUCCCUUGAGUCAACUGCCUCAUCUCAGGUUUCUCGAACUUGCGUACCUUGAAGUGCUGGAAUACGUAGAUAUUGGUGGCAGUAAAAUCAGUCAUAGUGGUUUUACUUCUG